UGUGUAAAAGUGGCGUGUUUGACAUUUAGCUUAGUUCACUUUUUCUCAGCGGCUCUUUUCUCUGGUUAGUUUGUGGGACGCGAGAGAGGAGCUCGUUUCAACCAAAGACCAGGAGCAGCAUUAGCUACUGACCCGCAUCCUGGGAGUGCAAGCAUGAGCAUGCAACCUCGAAGAGUCCGCCUGAAACCGUGGCUUCUGGCUCAAGUGGACAGCGGCCGAUUCCCCGGUCUUCAUUGGCUGAACGCCGAGCGCCGACUUUUCCAGAUCCCGUGGAAACAUGCGACACGUCACACGCCAACAUGUGAAGAUGAUAACACCGUCUUCAAGGCGUGGGCUCUUGAAACAGGAAAAUUCCAGGAAGGCGUGGACGAACCAGACCCAGCCAAGUGGAAAGCCAACCUUCGUUGUGCGCUGAAUAAAAGUCGAGAGUUUCAACUCAAGUUUGACGGCACCAAAGAGAUGCCAGUCGAACCCUAUAAAAUUUAUGAAGUUGUUAGCACGGAUGCCACAGCAGAUGACGAUGAGAUACCAAAUCUGACAGAGCUGACAAUAAAUUCCAGGAUCUGUGACUCUGGCUCUUUCACGUCACUUCCACCUCCCCCCAGUGAUGUGAGCCAGUUUUGUGCCUCCACCAGCAAAACAUUUGCGCGUUCUCAUCCACUAACCUCUGAGCCAAUGUUAGAUGGGAUGAACUUAGAUCACACCCCAAAUGAGGCGUGUGCUGUGGUCCAGGGUCAUGUUGUAGACCCUCCAAACCUGCUCAGCAGCAUUCCAUUAACUGAUCUGGAUCUUAAAUUCCAAUACCGCGGCCGGGCAAUGGGUUCUCUGACUGUCAGUAACCCUCAAGGCUGCCGGCUGUACUAUGGACAACUAGAGCCCAACCCAGAGCAGGUGGAACUGUUUGGACCCGUCACCCUACAACAGGUCCGGUUUCCGGGAACUUCUGAGAUCUUGAGUCAGAAGCAACGGGAGUUCACAGAAGCCCUCCUGAACGUGAUGGAUCGUGGCCUGAUCCUAGAAAUCUGGGAGCAGGACAUCUACGCUUUACGCCUCUGUCAGUGUAAGGUGUUCUGGUCUGGACCGGGUGUGCCUGAUCAGGGCCAACCCAAUCGGUUAGAGAGGGAGAGGAGAGUCAGGGUUUUCAGCCUCAAUGACUUCCUGCAAGGACUGAUCUUAUACCAGAGGGGUGAAGUUCCGAAUGCCCCCCCUUUUGAGAUCUGCUUCUGUUUUGGGGAGGACUGGCCUGACAUGAGACCCAAAGAGAAGAAACUCAUUGUUGUUCAGGUGGUUCCUGUAGUGGCUCGGAUUCUAACAGAAAUGUUCUCCGGAGAGCAGAGCUGGUCCAUUGACAGUAUCCGACUGCAGAUCUCAAUCCCAGACGUGAAGGACCAGACAGUGGAGCAGUUUAAAGAGCUUCAGAGACUCCUCCAGAGUCAACAUGUCCAUGCGCACUGGACUGACACUGUUCCCUAAAAUAAUCCAAAGCCCUAAGAACUGGUCCUGGGGAAUCAGGUGCUUAAGGCAUGACUUAGAAAACCACAAUCGCCCAAGACAGUUUUAGCUAAACUGUAUUAUACUAAUGUUUGUACUAAUAUUGAUUAUCAAAGUUUGGUCCAAAUAUGAAGGUUUGUUGGCGUUUGUAAAAAAAAAUGUCAUGAUGCUUUAAUAUUUUAAACAAUUUUUGCCUGCAUUCAAAGACUUUUAACGUACAUUUUUUACAGGUUUUGCUCAAUGGUGCUAUUCUGUUAGUUUUGUGUUCAUGUUGUGCAGGUUGUAGUGCCCUCCCUCUGUGUGUUUUGCUAAUUUAAUGAGUGGUAGCUAUGCCAGGUGUAUGAGAAUCUUUCAGUAACUAUAAAUUGUAUGAUGUACAGCCAGCAAUUCAAAAUAUCCCAAAAUGUACGAUCAUUUGAAUUUUUAGCUUUUAGCAAACAUUGCACCCUGCACGCCACAUGAUGUUGUGCAUUGUCUUUGAAACCAGGUGGGGGCGAUGUUCUGCCAGUGACAGCUUAUAUUGAAGGUCAAACUGCAUUAGCUUUUCUUAACCAUUGUUGGGCAGCAAGCAGCCCCUUGAGGGCCUACAAAAUUGAUCAAAUGUGGUCCGUAUGGGCCGCAGUGGUACUCAGUUGUGAUACACUUUUCCACCAAUUGUGGCAGUAAUGACAAUAUCAAAUAAUCAGAAGAAGUCUGGAGCUAAAGUCACAAAAUUUUGAUAAGCACACAAAAUAUGAUUAAAGUUAUGAAGCUACAUUUUCAUUUGCACUUUCAUUUUAUUCACAUUUUAUUUAGGAAACAGUAUUAUAAUUUAGCUAGAAUUGUUUUAUUUUAGGAUUGUGUAGUGGUAAAUUUAUUUUUAUUUUAGUUUUGUUUGAGUCCCAUUCUAUGGAGUAUAUUUAACAACCUGACCUAAGCCCUGAUAAUAAUCUUUGAUUAACACUUGGUUUCAUAUCAUUUGACAAGGUUGUAAACUGUAAGUAGAUAAGAUAUAAUUAUUGAAUACAAUUCAAAUCGAGAGUAAGAUUACUAAUCCAAUGUUAAUAUUUAAGUGGGCUUUGGGCCCCUCUGAAGUGGAAAAGUUGUGCCACAAGGUCAAAAAGGUUAAUAACCCCUGAUAUAAACUAUACUAUAAAUUGCAAUAGUAGUUAAAUGUAAAUGGUCAUUUCUCACUGUAACAAUUGAUCCUAAGCAACAGCAAACUGGGUAUCUACGAUUAUGUUCCUCAAAGUACCAUGAUUUUAAGAUUCUGGUAUGAUAAUUUGUCAUUUCCCAUCAGGCAACACUGGUGAGUAGACAGAUAACAUUUUUUUUAUUUAGAUUCAUUACAGGUCUAGAGUGGA